CGCCCGCUCACUCGUCGUUUCCGAACGCUCGCUGGUUGCGUUGAGCGGAGAGGCGCGCGCGCCCAUGCUGUUAGUUCUCCGGAGGAGGCGACCGGCUAGGGUGACUGUCCGUUGUCGUUCGCGAAGGAUCUGAGCUACGAGAUACGGGCAGACGGCAGCAAUGGCAGCCCGAGACACCAGUUCAAUCUUCCUGAUCCUGAUCAUCGCCCUCGUCAUAGUCAUCGUCAUCCUGCUCGGCAUCUGCUGGAGGUUCCUCGGACCGGGCAUCAUGAGGAGACUGCUCAGGCCGAGGAGAUGCCCUUCAGAGGUGCCCGAGUACUUCAGCGGCAACAUGAGCGGCAACCUGCGCACCAUCACCUACUUCGACUACGUGACGCUCAAGAAGGCCACCAAGGAUUUCCACCAGAAAAACCAGCUAGGGAGAGGAGGAUUCGGCCCUGUUUAUCUGGGGAAGCUGGACGACGGCCGGAAAGUGGCGGUGAAGCAGCUGAGCGUGGGCAAGUCGGGGCAGGGCGAGUCGGAGUUCUUCAUGGAGGUGAACAUGAUCACCAGCAUCCAGCACAAGAACCUGGUCCGCCUCGUCGGCUGCUGCUCCGAGGGCACCGAGCGCCUGCUCGUCUACGAGUACAUGAAGAACAAGAGCCUCGACAAGAUCCUCUUCGCGCCGGCCGACGCGCCGGCGACGGCGCCGCCGUUGCUGGACUGGCGCACCCGGCACCAGAUCAUCAUCGGCAUCGGCCGCGGGCUGCAGUACCUGCACGAGGAGUCCAACCUGCGCAUCGUCCACCGCGACAUCAAGGCCAGCAACAUCCUCCUCGACGACAAGUUCCAGCCCAAGAUCAGCGACUUCGGCCUCGCCCGCUUCUUCCCCGAGGACCAGACCUACCUCAGCACCGCCUUCGCCGGCACGCUGGGGUACACGGCGCCGGAGUACGCCAUCAGGGGGGAGCUCACGGUGAAGGCCGACACGUACAGCUUCGGCGUGCUGGUGCUGGAGAUCAUCAGCAGCAGGAAGAACACUGACCUUAACCUCCCCAACGAAAUGCAGUACCUGCCCGAACACGCAUGGAGGCUGUACGAGCAGUCCAAGAUCCUGGAGCUGGUGGACGCUAGGGUGCAGGGCGGCGAGGGGUUCGAUGUGAAGGAGGUGAUGCAGGUGUGCCAGAUCGCGCUGCUCUGCGUACAGCCGUACCCGAACUCGAGGCCGGCCAUGUCGGAGGUGGUGCGCAUGCUCACCAUGAAGACCGACCAGUCCAUCCCGGCGCCAGCCAAGCCGGCGUUCCUCGACAGGAAGAACCUCAACGGCGACAGGGACGCCGCGUCCUCGGACACCGCCACCAUGGAGAUGAUGAGGUCGCCGGCGGGCUACUGGAUGAUGACGCCCUCGCCCAUGCUCGAGGUCGACAGGCCCUACGACAUGAGCUUCGGCAAAUGAUCCAUGGCGCGCCGCACGCAGCACCGUGAAAUUCGUGACCGAUGAUUCCAUGCUAGCUUUACACAAGUACGAGUAUCUGUUUAUUGCCUUUUCUUGUAGAUACCACGAACAUUUUUUAGA